AUGCUAAACACCCAGCAACAGUUGGUCAGGAUGCCAUUGGGGACACCAGGGCAGGACCGCAGGCUCCAGGCUCCAGUGAAGGCCACAGGGCUGCUCAAGCUUUUGUCAGGCAUCACCCAGGCUGAGCAGGGGAGUCUUGGGAUUAGUGAUGGUGUAAUUAUUCUGGGCCAGCAGCAGAGGUCUCGGAGUGCAGGGCACAUGGCAAAGGACCGGAGGCCCAGGAGCUGGAACAAGAAAGAGCAUGGCUCUGCUGAGGCUGAGGAUGUCUUUCCCUCUCCUCUUCGGAAACCCUCCUUCCCCUUCCAGUGGGCCUGGGAGUGCUUUACCUCAGAUGGCCGGGUUCUGCUUCAGCCUGGCUCCCCCUUGGCCCCUGGCCACCAAGCCCUGCCUUUGCCCCAAGCCAUCCCCCAGCACAAGUGCAGGCAUAAGUCCAACCUCCUAGAGACCCAGGGCUUCUGCUGGAAGAUGAAGGUGCCAAACCUAGAAAGGAGACAGCAGCUCAGGUCCCCUUCCAGCCGAGAGCUGGAGCUGCCCAGUGAGUGUGGCCUCCAGCCGCCUGGGAAGAGGUCAGGAUCAGGAGCAGAGUCUGAGGAAGCUGCAGAGCUGGAAGCCCCGGGUGCGAGUGCGGAGGAGACCGGCAGUGGUCUGAGCCCUGGGGAACUGCCCCAGCUCCCCAGGACACGGUUGAUCUUGGAGGAAGAACAGUUUGCAGAGGCGACAGAGGAGGCUGAGGAAGGGGAGCACAGGGCCCCCCACAGAGGGAGGGUGGGUUCUCGGAGGAAGGGGUGGAAUUCCCGUGAGGAGGCCUCCAACGAUGGUGAACUGCAGUGCCAAGGGAAUAAUGGCAGCUCCAACAACCCCCAAGGGCAGCAGAGGAGGAAGGCAAGGGCCAAGGAGCUGGAGGGUCCAUGGGACCUGGAGAAGCUACAGAGGCAGUUACAGCAGGACCUGGACUGUGGCCCUGAAAAGCAUCCCUGGAAGGCUUUGCGUGCUGCUGUUCAGGCCUCCAACUGGAGUGGGAAGGCCCAUGUCUUGGGAGGUGAUGAGACUCUCCCGUUUGCCAACUUCCCUAACCGCACCUUCUACAAACGACAGGAGGCCACCAGAAGCCUGCUGCAGGCCUGGGAGCAGCAGCAGCAGGAGAAGCGGCAUCAGGCUGAGCUGCGGAGGGUCCGGGAGCAGCAGGUGCAGCAGCAGGUAGCCCGCUGCCUGGCGGCCUACGCACCCAGAGGGAGUCGGGGGCCGGGGGCCACGCAGCACAAGCUGGAGGAGCUGAGGCGCCAGGAGCGACAGCGCUUUGCUGAGUACCAGGCAGAGUUGCAGGGCAUCCAGCACAGGGUGCAGGCCCGGCCUUACCUGUUCCAGCAGGCCAUGCAGGCCAGUGCCCGGCUCACCGUGACCCGGCGCUUCUCCCAGGUGUUGUCGGCCCUGGGAUUGGAUGAGGAGCAGCUGGUGGCUGAGGCAGGAAAGAGUCACACAGAGGGUACUUCCAGGAAACCCAGGAGCCACAGGUCAAUGAGGGAGAGAAUGGAGCACUCUUCUCAGAGUCCCCCAAAGACAGAACCCACCGGCAGCCAGCCUGACAGGCGUUCCACCACCCAAGCCCAGACAGGGAGUCCAGUCCCUUAG